AUGGGGAAGGUAUUUUCAAAACUCUUCGGUAAUAAGGAAAUGCGAAUAUUGAUGUUAGGUCUGGAUGCUGCUGGAAAGACUACUAUACUAUAUCGAUUGAAGUUGAAUAAUGCUGUGACCACUAUUCCAACCGUCGGAUUUAAUGUUGAAACCGUUUCUUAUGAAAAUAUUCGAUUUAAUGUUUGGGAUGUCGGUGGGCAAGAAAAAAUUCGUCCUCUUUGGAGACAUUAUUUUACCGGAACACAGGGUUUAAUUUUUGUCGUGGAUAGUGCCGAUAGAGGACGCAUCCGAGAAGCACAAAUUGAACUUCACAAAAUUGCCAAUGAUCGCGAAAUGCAGGAUGCUAUUAUCUUGGUCUUUGCGAAUAAGCAAGAUCUUCCUGAUGGUCAUAAUGUUUUAAUCUCAUGA